CACUCCAUCGAACGUGCCUUUUUCGUGUUAUCCUCCCAAAAUUAUUUUUUUAAAAAGAUUUCUCCCAGAACCUUCCACUUUCCUGGAAUCCAAACACACAUGGUAUACACUCGCUCUUUUCUCUAAAAAGUUGUGCAGAUCCAGGUAAAAGCACCGGCAAAGCUAGCAUCAUUAUCGGAGGCAGCAGCAGCGAUGGCGGAGGAGAAUCGCCGGAGCUCCUCUUCUGCUUCUUCAUCAUCGAGUUACGGCGAAGCUUCGGUGAGGAUCGAGCAGGAAAUUGGCGCUGGAACUAGUAGUGACGGAAAAGAGUUGGAGACUAAAGCUGUUGUUGCUACUAGUAGUUCAGUUAAUAAUAAUGGAUGUACUGAUACUUCUUCAGGAACUUUUGGAAGGGAUGCAACUAAAUUAAACACGUCAAAGGCUGAAAUGCCUGGUGCUAACAAAUUAGAACCUACUUCUAGCGGGCUUAAGCUGGAAAGAUCUAAAACAGAGAGGCAAAGACCUAAUAUACUUGCUGAAGAGGCAGCACAGAUUUUUGAUGACAAGAUUCCAGUCCAGCAGAAGCUUAAAUUGUUGAACAGAAUAGCUACUGUCAAAGAUGAUGGAACUGUAGAAUUUGAUGUUCCAGGAGAUGUUGCACCCCAAGCUCUCAGUGCUGGAUCUGAUGAUGUAUACAAUGCAUUUGUUGAUGAUGAGCCUGUUGAUGCAACAGACCUUCAAUAUAUACCACCACUGCAAAUAGUAAUGCUUAUAGUUGGGACACGUGGAGAUGUGCAGCCAUUUAUAGCCAUUGGCAAACGCCUGCAGGAUUAUGGGCAUCGGGUUAGACUAGCAACUCAUUCAAAUUUCAAAGAGUUUGUCUUGACUGCAGGAUUGGAGUUUUUCCCCUUAGGCGGAGAUCCGAAAGUUCUUGCUGGCUACAUGGUUAAGAACAAAGGCUUCUUGCCCUCAGGGCCGUCAGAGAUACCGACUCAAAGAAAUCAGUUGAAAGAUAUUAUAAACUCUUUGCUUCCUGCUUGUAAGGAACCUGAUAUGGAUUCUGGCAUCCCUUUUAAGGCAGAUGCAAUAAUAGCUAAUCCUCCAGCAUACGGGCAUUCUCAUGUGGCAGAGGCACUAAAAGUUCCACUUCAUGUAUUUUUCACGAUGCCAUGGACGCCAACUAGUGAAUUCCCACAUCCUUUGUCCCGAGUCAAGCAACCAGCUGGAUAUCGACUCUCAUAUCAAAUAGUUGAUUCGUUGAUUUGGCUUGGAAUACGGGACAUGAUAAAUGAUGUUAGGAAGAAAAAGCUAAAGCUACGACCUGUGACAUAUCUUAGUGGUUCACAAGGGUACGAUUCUGAUAUCCCACAUGGAUACAUAUGGAGUCCCCACCUUGUCCCUAAACCAAAAGAUUGGGGGCCAAAGAUUGAUGUUGUUGGCUUUUGCUUUCUUGAUCUAGCAUCAAAUUAUGAGCCUCCAGAGUCACUUGUGAAAUGGCUUGAAGCUGGUCCAAAACCUAUUUAUAUUGGUUUUGGAAGCCUUCCUGUUCAAGAACCAGAGAAAAUGACACAAAUAAUUGUGCAUGCAUUGGAACAAACUGGACAGAGGGGAAUCAUUAACAAAGGCUGGGGUGGCCUGGGUAAUUUGGCAGAACCAAAGGACUUUAUAUACUUGGUGGAUAACUGCCCUCAUGACUGGUUAUUCUUACAAUGCAAGGCAGUGGUUCAUCAUGGAGGUGCUGGUACAACAGCUGCUGGUCUUAAAGCUGCAUGCCCAACAGCCAUUGUGCCGUUCUUUGGUGACCAGCCAUUCUGGGGUGAGCGAGUUCAUGCCAGAGGAGUAGGUCCUGUUCCCAUACCAGUUGACGAGUUCUCACUUCACAAGUUGAUUGAUGCAAUAAAAUUCAUGCUAGAUCCCGAGGUGAAGGAGCGGGCGGUUGAGCUUGCCAAGGCCAUGGAAAAUGAGGACGGGGUAACUGGAGCAGUGAAAGCAUUUUUUAAGCACCUCCCUCGUAAAAAGCCCGAGCCAGAGCCAGAGACAUCACUGGAACAUUCCAGCUUUUUCUCCUUCAGCAGAUGUUUUGGUUGUUCCUGACUAUCAGCUGGAUGGCUUUUGGUCCUGGUGUGAUUGCUCAUUUAUGCAUCAGCAGUAUAACAUGAUAAGAUUCCUCGGCAUUUGUGUCUCUACUAACCGAGAUACACUAAGCUCUUUUUUGUGAUUGUUCUAUAAACUCUGGUUCAUACUUCCUAAACUGUAAUAUUCCCAUUCAUUGCAGCCGAGCAAUAGAUGAGCCGCAUUUUCGA